AUGGAUAGCCACGAUCUCCCCUCCUGGAACUCUAUGCCGGCUGUUCCGGGAAUGCCACAUGGAUGUGCCUGGGGACUCUUUGAUCAGAACGAUGUCAAGGAUGAAGUUGGCACCAUCAAUCUCCUACAGCCGUCCACAAUUAUAAAAGCAUCAAAAGAAAUCAAAACGGGAAAAUCGGUUGUACUCAACUGGCCGCUUGAUAGGGUCCACGAACCCAGCUUUGACCGUCCGAAUUUACAUGUCACAGUGAAAGAUUGGAAAAAAGAGGGAAGCCCUUGGUACUGCUACGAUGAUGAGAUCAAACUCAAUACUCAGUCCGGAAGUCAAUGGGAUGGAUUACGUCAUUGGGGACAUUCUGAGACUGGUCUGUACUAUAAUGGCCUUCCACACGAGUUGGUUCUUGAUACGUCACACCUCGGGGUCGAUCAUUGGAGUAAGCGUGGAGGGAUAGUUGGACGCGGUGUUCUCCUCGACUAUGUGGCCUUUGCUGCUCGACACAAUUUCGAGUAUGAUCCUAUGACUAGACACUGCAUUACUCUCUCUGAUAUUCGCAACAUGGCUGAAGAACAAAGUGUAACGUUCCAGCAUGGCGAUAUUCUCAUCUUUCGAACCGGAUGGGUCAAAUGGUAUGAGGAGCAUAACGAACAUAAAAGACGAUCCAAGAUAAAGAACGGCAACGACCAUGUCGGCAUUGAGGGAAAUGAGGAGAUGUUUGCAUGGCUAUGGAACAAUCACUUUGCGGCCUUGGCAAGCGACACAGUCGGAGUAGAGGCUUGGCCUCCCACUUUCCCAUGGUGCCUUCAUGAUUACGCAAUCUCCAUGUGGGGGAUGCCUCUUGGCGAACUAUGGGAUUUGGAAGCAUUGGCUACAGCAUGUGAAGAGGAGAAGAGAUGGACAUUCUUCUUUACAAGUGCACCGUUAAAUAAUCCUGGUGGCAUAGCUAGUCCACCCAACGCCGUGGCUGUCUUUUAA